CUAAUCCCAUACAAUUUUUCAUUGAUAAACAGUCCUAGAAGUGAGGAACGCAUCUUUAUCAGAGCUUUGUAGGGAAAGCUUCACGCAAUUUUGGCGCGUUGCCUUCGUGCCGUGGUCGGCAAUCCCGAUGCCCUCUCGGCUAGUGGGUGCUCUUUAUAAAAGGAGUCGAGUCCGUCAACCACCAGGUAGUGUUCAACAAGUGGAGCAACAGUUGCAAACGCAUACGACCAAUACGGGUUAGUUCUCUGCAUCCUGAAAAGUAACGACAAUUUUUUAAAUUACACACAUUUUACAAAACAACAGUAAACAAUAGAAAAACAGAAGACACCUAACAAAAGGACAAUAGGAUAUCGUCCUAGAAGCAGCCUAGACCUCUUUAUCCGUAUACUCUGCAAACGGAAAUUGAAUAUAAAUCGCAAUGAAGCCUGAAAUGUUAACGCUCUGCAUUGUGGCAACUAUCUUGAGCAGUACACGUCCCAUUUUUGGAUUUUUGACUUCCCAGACGGCCGCCGCAUUUAAUGGCGUUGGAGUUGCGCCUCGACAACAGCAACGCUCCUCCCUACAAGGUCCUGUUUAUGCAGAUGUCGAAGGUGGUGGGGUUGCCAUUCAGCCGCGGCACUCGCUGUCUGAUUCUCGAGAACACGCUGUUUACGAUCCCGGGGAUGAAGUGCUGCGAGCACUGAAUGCUGAGCUGGCGGCGGGCAGACAGGAGUUGGGCACAUCUCCGGUAGAACCGGACUAUGCGGACACUGUUUUUAAUGAGCUUGAGGAGGCCAGCAAGUACGAUAUGUUGAAGAAGCUGGAGGACGACUUGCGCAUUGAGCAGGAAUUGGUCGACAAAUCUGCUUUGCUAAUGAAACUGUUGGAGGAUCCGACUCUGGAGACCCUUCCACUUGUCUACGUUGAGGAAGCACUUCCGGGUCCUGAAGACUAUGUCGAUUUCGUUGAUGAUAAACAGGAACUUGGAGACGCUAAUGCUAAGGCAAAACGCAGUCGCUAUUAUCGUCGAUAUCCAUGGAAGCGUCAUAGCCGAAAUCGCGGCUCUUACAUGAAUUCUAUUAACAGCAACUAUGAACCGGAACUGCGCUACGCCUGCACACCUAGCAAGGAGGAUAUAUUUAAGCUCCUCGUCAAUCUGCAUGAGAAUCGAAAGGGCAAUCACAGCAAGACGGUCAACUUUUGUAAUCGCAAGCGACCUGCCAAGGCAGUCUUCACAAACAUACGCUUUUUGGGCUAAAUCGCUGACAAAUAUACGAAUGACGGGACUUGGCAAAUAAAACUCAUCAAAUCGGUCAUACAUGCACGCAGAUACGCACACCCACACAAACACUAAUUGCUCCAUGGUAGAAAAGUUAAAGCAUUAAAAUUAUGCAAUUAAAUUUAGCAGUUGCGACAAUAUUAAAAUGUGUGCAAAGCUCAAAAUAUAAUUUAAAUAAGUAUAACAUUACCCUCCACACUAUUGUCUACGCUGCCAUAACAUAUCCACCCCUGCUCUCUAUUCAUCUAAAUUAGCCCUCAAAUUGCAGUCCCAUUUCCUCUCUGGCUUUGAAAACAAACUAUAACCUUACCUUUAAACUAUCUGAAAUGACACUCCUUACGGCCCACACACACACUAAUGCAGGCACUAAGCUAAUUUUAUUCCUAAAUGUGUUGUAUAUAAUUACGCGUAUACGAGUACAUACCUGAAUCCUUUAUGGCAUUAGCCCAAUGAGUAAUUCUGACUUGUCAUAUUAUUUUAACUGCAUAUCUAUGUAUGGGCGAU